AUGGCGACUACAAUCAAAGACAUCGAGGCCGAAAUGGCCAAGACUCAGAAGAACAAGGCAACAUCCUUUCAUCUUGGGCAACUGAAGGCAAAGCUCGCUAAGCUCAAGAGGGAGCUACUCGAGCCUUCUGGUGGCGGCGGUGGCGGUGGUGUGGGAUUCGAUGUUGCUAGGACUGGUGUUGCCAGUGUUGGUUUCAUCGGAUUUCCAUCGGUCGGAAAGAGUACGCUCAUGAGCAGAUUGACCGGCCAGCACUCUGAAGCUGCUGCGUAUGAGUUCACAACACUUACUACCGUACCCGGUCAAGUCAUGUACAACGGAGCGAAGAUCCAGAUUCUCGAUCUUCCCGGUAUCAUUCAAGGUGCGAAGGAUGGCAAAGGUCGUGGUCGACAGGUUAUCGCAGUCGCAAAGACAUGCCAUCUCAUCUUUAUUGUUCUGGACGUCAACAAGCCUCUUACCGACAAGCGCGUCAUUGAGAACGAAUUGGAGGGCUUCGGUAUUCGAAUCAACAAGAGUCCACCAAACAUUGUGCUCAAGAAGAAGGACAAGGGUGGCAUCAACAUCACAGCGACAGUUCCGCUGACGCACAUCGACCACGGCGAAAUCAAGGCUGUGUUGAACGAGUACCGUAUGGCAAACGCGGAUGUCGCUAUUCGAUGCGACGCAACAGUCGACGAUCUAAUCGAUGUUAUUGAGGCAAAAGGACGAAGCUACAUCCCCGUCAUCUAUGCAUUGAACAAGAUUGAUGCCAUCAGUAUCGAGGAGCUUGACCUGCUCUACCGGAUCCCCAAUGCUUGUCCCAUUAGUUCCGAACACGGCUGGAACAUCGAUGAGCUCCUGGAGCAGAUGUGGGAAAAGUUGAAUCUCGUCCGUGUCUAUACCAAGCCCAAGGGCAAGAUGCCAGAUUACUCUGCCCCAGUCGUAUUGCGAUCAACAGCCUGUACCAUUGAAGACUUCUGUAAUUCCAUCCACAAGACGAUUGUGGACAACUUUAAGCACGCUAUUGUUUACGGAAAGUCAUGCAAGCAUCAACCCCAACGUGUGGGACUGUCUCACGAGCUUGCCGACGAAGAUAUUGUCACCAUUGUCAAGCGCUAG